AUGGCGCCGAAGCUGGACACCAAUGAUCCGCAAGUGGCGCGGCUCAUCGAACUGUUUGCUACUAUAUCGUUGACGGGCCAGCGUGCGGCUGAUACCAUCAAGAACCCCAAAUAUGCACGCGCUCUUGAGCACACCAUUACGGCCUUGCAGCUCGAUAGGCAAGGGCUGGAUGCCAAAACAGGAUCAGCUGUGGUAGUGGCUGCAUCAAGUGGCGCUGAGCUGCCGGAGGCCAAACUUGACUACAUCGUCCAGCGCGUCUUGAAAAAGGAUCUUGUGUCGACAGACCAGAUUCAAACUGCGUGCAAAUACGCAGCGUCUGUCGACGCGAUCGAUGACGCCACAUUCGACUCGCAAUGUGGCGUUGGUGUUGUAAUCACACCUGAUAUGUGCCACAAUGUGGUGCGAAACUACAUGCAAUCGCACCACGCGGAUAUAGCGGAGGCGGCCGGCUGGCCGAAGAUGUCGUCGAUCAUGGCGGCCGUGCGUGCAGAGCCCACGUUGCGCUGGGCGAAUGCAGCUGAUAUCAAGAAUGCCGUGGAACAGGAACUCACAGCGCAGUUUGGCCCGCGCUCGGCUGCGGCUGCGUCGAAAAAGAAGGGCGGUGGUGCCGCGUCCGCAGCGACGAAAUCGACCAAUGCGACGCCGUCGUCCACGUCGAAGGGCGAGAGAAAGUCCAAAAAGGAAGAGACAGUGCGUCCUGAUGCCAUGUUUGAGGAGGGCUUUCUCGCAUCGCUGCACAAGCCAGGCGAAAAUCCACAAAAGCUUCCACGUCUGCGUGACGAGCACUUGAAGGCGACCAACGGCUCAGUGAUGACGCGAUUCCCGCCCGAGCCCAAUGGAUACCUGCAUAUUGGGCAUUCAAAAGCCAUUGCGGUCAACUUUGGUUUUGCUCGCUUCCACAAGGGUCUGUGCUACUUGCGGUUCGACGACACGAAUCCCGCUGCAGAGGAGGAAAAGUACUUUGUGAGUAUCCUUGAGACCGUCCGCUGGCUUGGCUUUGAGCCAUUCAAAGUGACAUAUUCAUCAGACUACUUUGACCGACUAUAUGAACUGGCUGUCGAUCUGAUUCGCCGCGGGCUUGCGUAUGUGGACCACUCAACGCCGGAGGAGAUCCGUGAAGGACGUGGCGGGCCUGACAAGGGAGAGCGGAAAGAGAGUCGCUGGCGUCAUCGUCCCAUCGAAGAGUCGCUCCAGGCGUUCGACGACAUGAAGAACGGCAAGUACAAGCCUGGCGAAGCCACGUUGCGCAUGAAGCAGGACAUUCUUGGCAGUGGAAACCCGCAGAUGUGGGACCUAAUUGCAUACCGUGUGUUGGAUGCACCCCACCACCGCACAGGCUCAAAGUGGUGCAUGUAUCCUACGUACGACUUUACUCACUGUCUUGUCGACAGUUUCGAGAAUAUAUCACACUCGCUCUGUACGACAGAGUUUAUCCUGUCGCGCGAGUCGUACGAGUGGCUGUGUGACGCGCUUGAGGUAUACAAGCCACGCCAGUACGAAUAUGGUCGUUUAUCGAUGGAGGGCACCGUCAUGUCGAAGCGCAAGAUGCUGAAGCUUGUGAAUGAGGGCUUCGUCGAUGGUUGGGACGAUCCACGUAUGUACACGCUGAUUGGUCUGCGCCGACGUGGUGUACCGCCUGGGGCCAUUCUGUCGUUUGUGAGUCAGCUGGGCGUUACGACGAACAACUCGACGAUCCAGAUCAACCGCUUCGACCAGACGGUGCGGCAGUACCUGGAAAUGAAUACACCUCGUCUCAUGAUGGUGAUUGAGCCACUCAAGGUCGUGAUUGAGAACUUGCCAGACGAUUUUGUUCUUCAUGUCACAAAGCCACUGCAUCCCAAGGUGCCCGACAUGGGCCAAGUGUCUGCGCCGUUCACGAAAACCGUGUACAUUGACGCAUCUGAUUUUCGCAUGCAGGAUGCGCCUGAUUACUUCCGCCUUGCACCGGGCAAGAGUGUGGGUCUGUACCAAGUGCCGCAUCCGAUCACAUGCACGUCGGUCCGCACGAAUGAGGCUGGCCAUGUCGUCGAGCUUGUGUGUCGCUACGAGCAGGGCCCAACGCCUGUCGUGCCGAAAACGUACAUCCACUGGGUCGCAGAGCACGCACCAUCAAAGAGCCCCGUACAUGUACGGGAAGCGCGGCUGUUCAACUCGCUCUUCACCUGUGAAAACCCCGCGGCGCACGACAACUUUGUCGACUUUAUCAAUCCACGCAGCCGCGAAAUCUUGCAUGGCGCCAUGAUCGAGGUAGGCUUCUACCAAGUUGCGCGUAUGUCUCUCGAAACGGCUAAGCGCGAGGCCGAAGAACGUGUCAAGCAAGCUGUGAAGCAGACCGAAGAGGCCCUCGGCAAGGACCGCGCACACGAAGCAAGGGAUACCAAUGCGAUCCAGUCGACCGAGUCGCACACCUAUGGCAAAGAAUGCAUCCGAUUCCAAGCUAUGCGUGUGGGCUACUUUGCUGUCGACAGCGACAGCUCCAUGUCCCUGUUUGGCGAUCGCGAAGACGAGUCCCCAGACGAUCUUGUGCUGAACCGUAUCGUCUCGCUCAAGGAAGACGUAGGCAAGUCAAAGUCAUAG